AUGAGCUCCAAAUUAAAGUGUGCAUGUGAACAUGCCAACUGUGGUAUGCCCUAUGCCAGAAGGGACAGCAGGACCAGACAUUACAAGACGAAACAUGCUCAGGAUUGUGGUGAUCAUUGUGCUUACUGUGUGUCAAAGCGAGCAUAUGGCCAAAGAAUAGGACAUACAGACUUGUCCUCAGAAGAUGACCAAAACGAGUCUACCAUCUCAUCAGACUACAGCACAUCCAGCGAAGAUGAUAGGACAAUGACCGUCAUCUCAUCAAACACACAAAAUUACAACAACAAUAACAACAAUAUUAGACGAAGUAGCCACAACAAGGACAACAAGAAGGACGAGUUGAUGCAGGUGCUUUACUCAUACAUCAAGACCCACACCACAUUGCCAAUGCCUCCAGCCCAAAGGACCACCACACCAAUGGUCCACUACCCAGAUGAAGAGGAGGAGGAGGAUUUGGAGACACUGUACAAGAUUGGCCAGGCUUUGGACCGCGCCCAACUAAAGAAAAGAUUCCAGGAGCUCAAGGCCUACAUUGACAACGACGACAUGCACCUUUUUACCAAGUGGAUCACACAAACAAGCCCUAAACAAGCUUAG